AUGGUGGCUGGCGGCUCCUCCACGGCGGCGCCGCAGCCCUUGGCGGAUGGGGGUCCUUGCUCCCCAAGUACGGCAAAAUCUUUCGCACAGCUAUUCUCGCAGCCUAUCGAAUCUCCAAUCCAGGUGAAGCCAACAACAAAAUACAAGGGUGAGGCGGCUGUUGUAUUCUCCAAAGCAGAGGCGGACAAGCUAGCAACUCCUUUCCGCUGGGCUCUGGUGGGGAAAUUCUCGUACGGGCGGCCUAGUUUGGAAGGGGAUUCGGAAUUCCAUGUGAAGAAGGAGUCAGCCUUGGUACCAGUUUGGGCAUCUCUGCCGGCCCUUCCUGUUCACUACUUUGACAAACAUUCGUUAUUCUCUAUUUUGGCACCAGUUGGGAAACCACUCUUCCUGGAUUCGGCAACGGCAGCGGGCAUGAGACCGAGCGUAGCAAGGGUGUGUGUAGAGGCUCAAGUCGUAAAGCAGCGUGAAGCUGCUGAGGCUGUCGAGGAGGCCAAGGGAGGUGUAUCAACGCCUGGGGAGAUUGGGGAGUCAACACGAGCAGAGUUGAUGGUGGGGCAGCCUUCAAUCCUGGCUGGUGACGGAGGCAAAAGUCAGGCGGACACGGCUGCGGAAGCGGCGACGACGGACCCUGUACAGCAGGCUGUUCGUUCGCUUGUUGCUGAUGCGACAUUGACACUGCUGCAGAGCACUGGGCAGGUCGAUGGCGCACCAGAUUGGGACCGACCCAUAGGCCCUUUGGCGACAGAGGGAGUCUUGACGGAGCAGGUAGAGGCUGGGGUGGAGGGCAUGCGAUCCAACGCCGCUUGUGGGCAACUACGGGAGAGUGGGCAGGAUGCUACAGCUGCUGGCCAGGAGGGACAGGUUGCAUGUGACGGAAGGGAGGGGACGUUGGACGGGGAGCAAGGGGUGCGCGAUACACAGCAGGCUGACGCGGGGCAGCUGAUUCUGCUGUACAACAGCGAGCUGGGGAGUUUAGUUGUUGAUUUGAGUGGGAGGGAGGAGGUGCCUCACGAUAGCCAAGGGGACGUCGACAUUGGGUUAUCGCCUGUGGCAGGGAAUCUCUCCCCACGGCUGGUUGUUCGACAAGAGAGGGUGGGGGAGUCAGCGGUGGUGGCUUUGAACAUUGACCAAUCUCAAGCUGUUGAGAGAGAUGCCAAGCAAGCGAGAGGGAAGGGUGUGCGUGCUCGCAUUCCCUCUGACAGACAGCUUCGGUCCGCGACAUCUUCCCAUAACUCCUUUCAGGCUAAGUUCGUUGCAAUAUGUGAGCCCAAACUAGAUGUGUCUAGAAUUGAGUCCAUUCGAUUACGUUUACAUUUUGAUUUUGUGCUUGUGAAUUGCUCGGGAGAUAUUUGGGUGUUCUACAAUAGUCCUUUCGUGUGUUCCAUGGUUGGUAAUUCGAGUCAACAUUUAUCUCUUUCUGUGCAAUCUCCGUUGAUGCCGGGGUCAAUUAUAAUGUCUUUUGUUCAUGCAAAGUGCUCCGUGGAGGAGCGGAGGGAACUUUGGAGCAACCUAGUAGCGGAUAAGCCUAGCUCUCUGCCAUGGUGCAUUGGGGGGGAUUUUAAUGUCAUAAUGGCUCCUCAUGAAAAACGGGGAGGCCGACCGUUUGCUGUAGCUGAGGGAGUGGAGUUUAUGUCCUUCUUGGAGGAGGCUGGGGUUUUUGAUGUGGGCUUUUCAGGGCCUAGCUUCACGUGGUGUAAUAAUCGGAGAGGUAGAGCUAGAGUGUCAAAGAGAUUGGACAGGCUGUUAGUCAAUGGGAAAUGUUUGGACUUCUCUGCAGCCAUCUCUGUGGUUCACUUGGCGAGACAUCCCUCGAACCAUGCGCCGUUGAAGAUUUCGUUUGCUUCUCUGAUUGACAAUAAGCCAAGGCCUUUCCGAUUCUUGAAUGUCUGGACGACUAAACCGGACCUUUUGGAGGUGAUUAGACAUGCCUGGGGUCAAGAAGCAAGUGGUUCUCCACUGCGUGUAUUGUGCUCUAAAUUAUUAGCGGCGAGGAGAGCUAUUCAGGUCUGGAACAAGCAAUGCUUUGGAAAUGUGAUCGAUGCUGUUCGUGAGGCGGAGCAGACGGUACAAAGGGCUGAGGAGGCUGUGGAUCAUGAUGAUUCAGAAGCGGGUCAAGUGGAACUCAGGAAGGCUCAAGCGGAGCUACGCUAUGCUUUGUCUAUUGAAGAGCAGUAUUGGAGUCAAAAGGCACGUGUCAAAUGGCUUCGAAGUGGGGAUCGUAAUUCGAGGUAUUUUCAUGCGGUGGUCAGGCAGAGACGGGCCCAAGGGCUGAUACAUCGAAUAAAGAAAUCCAACGGUGAUUGGGUGGAUACGGAUGCUGAGAUAGCAAGUGAGGCAAUCACGUACUUUUCUAAUCUUUUUGCUGGACCGUUGGAGGCUGCCUCCGAUAUGUUGCACCUCAUUCCACCCUUGAUUACAACGGAGGACAAUUGCAUGUUUGAGGCAGCUCCUAAUAUAGAGGAGGUGCAUCAAGUGGUAAGGGCAAUGGAUGGGGACAGUGCAGCGGACCCUGAUGGAUUCACAGGUAAAUUUUACACCUUUGCAUGGGAGGUUAUUGCUCAGGAUGUUUAUAAUGCGAGUGGCUGGUGUCUUGCCAAGGAUUAUCUCCCCCAGCAGUCAGGGUUUGUUAAGGGCCGCAAUAUAUCGGAGAAUUAUCUACUAGCUCAAGAGGUGGUGGUGGGUAUUGGGAAAAAAGCUAGGGGUGGCAACGUCGUUCUGAAGCUAGACAUGUCCAAAGCUUAUGACAGGGUAUCUUGGUUGCAUAUUAUUGAGGUCUUGCGGAGGUUUGGCUUUGGGGAGCGUUUCAUAGAUAUGGGUGACCCAUUGUCGCCGACACUAUUUAUUAUAGCGGCCGAGGUCUUGUCGAGAGGCUUAAAUGCACUCAUGGUGCAAUCGGGUUUCUUGGGGUUUAAAGUUCCAUAUGGUUGCCCCUCCAUAACUCAUUUGGCGUUCGCGGAUGAUGUGCUUAUUUUUGCGAAUGGGUCCUCCUCCUCUCUGAAGGACAUUAUGCAGGUGUUGGAGAUGUAUCAACGGUGCUCAGGCCAGUUGAUAAGUGCCCAAAAAAAUGGCUACUUGGUUCAUCCGUCACUAUCCCUGGCUCGAAGAAGGGUGAUUGAACGUGUCACGGGGUUUACUUGGCAGCCUUUCCCUAUCCGCUAUCUAGGGUUUCCACUUUACUUUGGGAGGUGUAAAUCUUCAUAUUAUGCAGCAGUGGGUCAGUCUAUCCUUGGACGGGUCUUAUCAUGGAAAUCAAAGUUUUUGUCUGCAGGGGGCAAGAUGGUUUUAAUCAAGCAUGUGUUGUCGUCAAUGCCAGUACAUUUGCUAUCCGCUGCUGUGAUUCCUACCUCGAUUUUUAAAUCCAUAGAGCAGAAUGGUCCAUCCUUGUCAGGCAGAGAUGAGGUUGACGGAUUCGGCUAUCUGGAGGCGUAUGUUGAACGUGAGCCGACACGUGGAACUUUCCAUGGUAUGGGGACAUUGUCCCCUCCAUCUUACAAUACCCGGUCCCUGACGGAGGGUGUGCAGAUGAAGUCAUUUGGGUGCCAUCGACGUCUGGCUAGAAAUAAAGCAGUGUUUGAAGGGGAACAGAUGCGGUCUACUGUCAUUUGUCAAUCCAUCUUCUCGGAAGUCAAGUCCAUUGUGGAUAUCCAUUUCAAGCAAAAGCUUGGGGUGCAAACUUUCUGUCAGUUGUUUGAUUGGUCGCAUUUGACUACCAGUGUAUUUGACUUUAAACUUGUUCGCUGGGAGGUGACGGCGAUGGGGGGUCUGGUGCUUAAUACGGAUGGUUGUUCCAAAGGUAAUCCAGGAGUGGGUGGAGGUGGGGGGGUUCUCCGGGAUUCAACUAGGAUGCCUCUAGUUGCGUUUUUAGCUUUCUUCGGGGAAACUACUUGUCUUCGCGCGGAGACUUGGGGUUCUCCAGCGGCGCAUUCAGUGCCCGUGGCAGAUCCGAAGGGAAGUCCGGCAGAUUUGGCGGAUAUGGAUAGUAGCAGUGAUGAUGAUAGAAUUGAGGAACCUCUCCCCAUGAUUCCAUAUCGUAUGGUGGAAGGCAGAUACCUCAUGCGGUACUCACCUGCUAGGCGGGGUAGGACGUGCCUAUGCCGAGAGAGAUUCUCCUACCAUAACCACUUGGUGUUACAGGUAGUCGAGGAGCGGAGGCAGUUGACCCGUGACCUCAGGAUAGCACGAGUUAAGAGAGAGGAGAUGGUGGCCACUAUAGAGGUCUAG